AUGACUGCAUGGGAUCCUCAUGUAUAUGAUGAGUGGAUUCCAUUUAAGAAGACGAAAUAUCCACCAACUCCUGAAAAAUUGGAAACAAAGUGUGGAAAAAAAUGUUUCACUACGAUCAGCUAUUAUGAGAAUGAGCCUAAUCAAUCAGACAAAGGAAGGCUCUUUACAUACUGUGCCGAAUGUAGUGAAACAUUAGUUCAAGGGCAGUUCGUGCGAUGCAUUAAAAAAGCAGGAAAAAUGAUUUUAAAGAUCAUAAGUGCAAAUUUUUACUCCCAAUGCCCAACUACGUUCCUGCUGAGCACCAAGUUGAGAAUACUCAGCAAGCAGUUGGCUCUGGUAAUGAUCCUUCGUUAG